CUUGCCUGCAGGUUUCAGAGUUGUAAGCACAGACACCUCAACCACAAGAGGAUCAGCAUGUUCAGAUGACACUGCCUUCCCCUGGGCACCUUAGGGAGGCUGAAAUCGGCUGAGCAAGUCCUCCAGCAGUUUCCAGCCUCAAGUCCUCUUUCAUAAGGUACCUGGACAUCAUCUUUUAUUAUACAAGGAAAGAUUGUCCCUGUCACAUAAAGGAACCAAAAAAAAUGUUCUUUUUGGUGUUGGUCUUCCUCAUUCUCUGUGCUUUCUUGUGGAAUUACAAAGAACAACUGAGGAUUGCGAACAUCACUGAGAAGUAUAUCUUCAUCACCGGAUGUGACACUGGAUUCGGAAACUUGGCAGCUAGAACUUUUGAUAAAAAGGGGUUUCAUGUCAUUGCUGCCUGUCUAACUGAAUCUGGAUCAACAGCUUUGAAAGCAGAAACUUCCGAGAGACUCCGCACUGUGCUUCUGGAUGUAACUGACCCAGAGAAGGUUAAGAGCACCGCCCAGUGGGUGAAAAAUCAUGUUGGGGAAAAAGGUCUCUGGGGUCUGAUCAAUAACGCCGGCAUCCUUGGUGCGCUGGCUCCCACUGACUGGCUGACUGUGGAGGACUACAGAGAACCCAUUGAAGUGAACCUGUUUGGACUCAUCAGUGUGACAUUAAAUAUGCUUCCUUUGGUCAAAAAAGCUCAAGGGAGGAUUGUCAAUGUCUCCAGCAUUGCAGGUCGUCUCGCAUUUGGUGGAGGGGGCUACACUCUAUCCAAAUAUGCAGUGGAAGGCUUCAAUGACUGCUUAAGACGGGACAUGAAAGCUUUUGGAGUGCAUGUCUCAUGCAUCGAACCCGGAUUGUUCAAAACACAUUUGUCAGAUCCAAUAAAGACAACUGAAAAGAAGUUAGCCAUUUGGAAACAUCUGUCUCCAGACAUCAAGCAGCAAUAUGGAGAAGGUUACAUUGAAAAAGGUCUAGAACAACUGAAGAGAGCGACAGCCUCUGUAAACAUGGACUUGUCCUUGGUGGUAGAGUGCAUGGACCAUGCUCUAACAAGUCUCUUCCCGAAGACUCGCUAUACUGCUGGAAAAGAUGCCAAGACUUUUUGGAUACCUCUGUCUCACAUGCCAGCAGUGUUUCAAGACUUUUUAAUGUUGAAACAUAAAGUAGAGCUGGCUAAUCCCAAGGCAGUAUGACUUGGCUGGCCACAAAUGCCUGCCCCAGGACAUGCAGUAGUCUGCCUCUGAGGACACAGCUUUCUAGUCCUUUGCAAUUCAUCAACUAAUGCAGUGUGGACUCCUUUCUGUUGAUGAAAGGAGUCUCACCAUCCCCAACACUGUUCUUAGGUCCAAUUUCCAGUUAACUUUGGGAAUCAAAAGGACAGAGAUAGCUCUGUUUUGUAGGAUGGAUGGGACAUUGAAAGACUUACAUUCAUAAAUGGAGCCAAUGUGUUCAUUUAUCUUGCUUGGAAUAAGACUCCCAAGGACUAGAACUCAGUUCAAUCAUCUUUCAUAGAGACAAGAAAAGGAAGAAAGCUGAAGAAUUAUGCAACAUUGACAUAAACUAAGACAUAAGCGAAAACAAAAGUAGGUAAAAAUGCACAUCAAAGGAAAGAAAAAGACGGGAGCAGCGAUAAACAGAGUGUAGGAGUGAUAUACACAUAGAGGCAGGGGCCCCAAGGCAAGCAUCCUGAGCUAAGGAACUCCCAAGGAUUUGCAUUCUGUUAAAGACCACUGUGAUCAUUGACUCACACAGUUUUCUGGUGGGAGGAUGGAAAUCACAGAGUAGCCAGUCCUUCAAAAGUAAUAAAGUACAGGGUAUUUGUGUUUACUUUAUCGACUGUAAGAGUAACCAGAGCAAGACCUCUUACAUACCUCACAUUUGACAUCGGUUGGAAAUGUUGCAUUUGGUGUGUCACUAGAUCUCCAUGAAGGCAAAGGGCUACAUUUAAAGGCUGUCUUACAGUUACAAUGUGCUGAGAUUUUAACUAGUUAUCAACCAGGUCAUCCAAAAACCCUGCCUUUUCCCUGGUAUAGUCAAAAUAAUAGCAAUGGUUGCUUAACUCUUAGUGUAUAGGUCAGAUAUUUCAUUCAUUUGUUAUGUCUUAUAUGCAUGAUUUCCUCCAACCUGAACCACAUCUCAGUCAGGUAUGUUCUUCAGAGAUGAAGAAAGGAAGUCACAAAGAAGUGAGCAAUGUUCCCAAGGUUAUCCUACCAGUAGGGGUUGGCCAAGACUCAGACCCAAGCAGUGAAUGUCAUGACUAUGCUCCCAAUAUUGUGCUACAUAAUAGAGAAUCUGAGUCUUGUAAAUGAUUUUUCUAAACUUUGAAUCUGACUGUACAAAGUCAGCCUUUGUUAAGUCAACCUAAUUUAGCCUUUCCCAGCCAAUAAUGCAUAUAAGUGAUAUGUCACUGUUAGUAAUAAUGAUGUGUGUGUG